GCGGAUUUGAUCUUGUCUGGGGUUAGACCUGAUGAAUGAUGCUGGGACAGCAACAGAUGUCUGCGUUUGCCAACCUGGUGCCCUCCAGAUGUGGUGGGAAUGGUGGGCCCUGCACAUCUGGACGUUGACAAAGGAUGCCAUACCAACGAACGUCCCAGGAAAGCUCUCCCCGUCUGAGCUUUGCACGCGACGCCCAAAUUAGUAUCUCAAAACAUACUGCGGAAUCGCACACAAACACCCCACCACCACAAUCGAGCCCCUUUUGUGCAAACGUCUGUAUCAAUUUACGCAAGCGGCGAUGAUUCCAUUUUCUCCUUGCUCUCUCCCCUCUCCCCACAUUUUCCUAUCUUUAGGGCAGGUUUAAAAAAUUGCAGUCAUCCUUUUUCUCUCUCAUUCAUCCCCCCCCCCACCUUUCCUGGAAAGAAAGAGGGGGGGGAUAAACACACACACACACACACACACACACCCCUCCAUCUCCCCAAAAGUGUCCUUUCCUGGCUGACAUUGGGAUGAAUGGGGGUGUUGGAUUGGGGGGGGGGAGAUGCCCCCUCUUUGCAGCUGGAAUUCGGGUGUUGCAAGAGGUGGGUUUAAAAUAUAUAUAUAUUUUAGAUAACCAAUUCUCUCUCCCUUUCCCCCGUUCCCCUCCCAGCUGUGUGAGCAACCCCGGAUCCAACGGAAAUCCGUGCUUUUCCAUGCCGGAUACGCGGCUUGCAAAAGCUCUCUCUGGCCGCUGGAAAGGGGGAGGCGGGGGAGAGAGGAAUGGGACCCGAUGGUCACAGCAGUAGGGGAGGGAGAAGGAUCUUUCGCGGUGGGGGGGGGGGCGGUGGGCUGGGGAAGGAGGAAGAGCCUUUGCAUCCUUCAAAACCAAGACCUAACCUUGCCUUCUCUUCUGAUUCAAGGAUCCGGAGACACUUUUUGACUGCAGGAAGGGAGGAAAAUGGUUGGCUGGCAUAGAAGAGAGCCAGCCAUGAGGCUCAGACCAGCCGACAACGGAAGCCUUGCAUUGCAUUCCUAAGGAAACUGUUGGAUCCUUACACACACACACACGGAAAAAAAACCACCCCACAUUUGCACAAGGGGGAGAAAAGAACCCUGAAAACCCUCAACCCCACCGAUUUCCUAACCGUUGCUCUAGAGCGGACAAGAUGCUUUAGCCUCCUGACUCUAGCACCGUGUUGAGCUCCUCCUCCCCCUUCGCAGCCAUGCCGCCGCGCCCCUCGUCCGGGGAGCUGUGGGGGCUCCACCUCAUGCCCCCGCGGAUCAUGGUGGACUGCUGCCUCCCCAACGGCAUGAUCGUCACGCUGGAGUGCCUGCGCGAAGCCACGCUCCUGGGCAUCAAGCACGACCUUUUCAAGGAGGCCAGGAAAUAUCCCCUUUUCCACUUGCUGCAGGAGGAAUCUUCCUACAUCUUCGUAGGGGUGACGCAGGAAGCCGAGAGGGAAGAAUUCUUCGACGAGUCCCGGCGCCUUUGCGACCUCCGUCUCUUCCAGCCCAUCCUGAAGGUCAUUGAGCCGGUGGGAAACCGGGAGGAAAAGAUCCUCAACCGGGAAAUUGGGUUUGCGAUCGGGAUGCCCAUCUGCGAAUUCGAGCUGGUCAAGGACCCCGAGGUGCAAGAAUUUCGGCGGAACAUCCUGUCGGUUUGCCGCGAAGCCGUGGAGACCCGGGGAUCUGCGGGGCCCCCGAGUCAGGCUCUGUAUGUCUACCCCCCCAAUGUGGAAUCCAGCCCAGAGUUGCCCAAACACGUGUACAGCAAACUGGACAAAGGUCGGAUCAUAGUUACCAUUUGGGUUAUUGUGUCUCCAAACAACGACAAACAGAAAUACACCCUCAAGACCCCCCACGACGCGCUUCCGGAGCAGGUGAUCGCCGAGGCCAUCCGGAAGAAGACGCGGAGCAUGCACCUGUCGCCGGAGCAGCUGCGCCUGUGCGUGCAGGAGUACCAGGGGAAGUACCUCCUCAAGGUGUGCGGCUGCGACGAGUACUUGCUGGAGAAAUACCCGCUCAGCCAGUACAAGUACAUGAGGAACUGCAUCACCAUCGGCCGCCUGCCCCACCUGAUGCUCAUGAGCAAGGAGAGCCUCUACAGCCAGCUGCCGGCCAACGUCUUUGUGCUGCCCUCCUACGCCCGCCGCUCGGCCACCUCUUCCCACGUCAACGGAGACGUCCCCACCAAGUCGCUCUGGUCCAUCAACAGCCUCCUGCGCAUCAAGAUCCUGUGCGCCACCUACGUCAACGUCAACAUCCGGGAUAUCGAUAAGAUCUACGUCCGGACGGGGAUUUUCCACGGCGGGGAGCCCCUUUGCGACAACGUCAACACGCAGCGCGUUCCGUGUUCCAACCCUCGGUGGAACGAGUGGCUGUCCUAUGACAUCUAUCUCACCGACUUGCCCCGGGCUGCCCGACUCUGCGUUUCCAUCUGCUCAGUGAAAGGCCGGAAAGGGGCCAAGGAGGAGCACUGCCCCCUGGCCUGGGGCAACGUCAACCUCUUUGAUUACAAAGACACACUGGUGGCUGGGAAAAUGGCUCUGAACCUUUGGCCCGUUCCCCAUGGCCUGGAGGAUUUGCUGAACCCCAUUGGAGUGGGGGGCUCCAACCCCAAUAAAGAGACCCCGUGCCUUGAGCUGGAAUUCACUUGGUACAGCCACACCGUCAAAUUUGCUGACGCCACCGAGAUAGAGGAGCACGCCAACUGGGCCAUGUCCCGCGAGCUUGGGCUCAACUACUGUAUGGUGGGACUGAGCAACCGCCUGGCCCGGGACAGCUCCCUGGAUGAGAGUGAGCUGGAGCAGCUGAGAAGCAUCUGCAACCGGGACCCCCUUUCGGAGAUCACGGAGCAAGAGAAGGACUUCCUGUGGCGACACCGGCACUACUGUGUCAACAUCCCGGAGACCCUCCCUAAAUUACUGCUGUCUGUCAAGUGGAAUUCGCGGGACGAGGUGGCUCAGAUGUACUGCCUCCUCCGGGAAUGGCCGCUGAUUAAACCUGAGCUCUCCAUGGAACUCCUCGACUGCAAUUUCCCAGAUCCGGUGGUGAGGGAGUUUGCUCUGAAAUGCCUUGUGAAGGGCCUCACGGACGACAAGCUUUCCCAGUAUCUCAUCCAGCUGGUGCAGGUUCUCAAAUAUGAGCAAUACCUGGACAACCCCUUGGCUCGCUUCCUGACCAUGAAAGCCCUGACCAACCAGCGGAUUGGACAUUUUUACUUCUGGCAUCUCAAGUCAGAGAUGCACAGCAAGCCCGUCUCUCAGCGCUUUGGGCUGAUGCUGGAGGCCUUUUGCCGGGGCUGCGGGAUGUACCUCAAGCACCUGAACAGGCAGGUGGAGGCCAUGGAGAAACUCAUCAACCUCACCGACAUCCUCAAGCAGGAGAAGAAAGACGAGACGCAGAAGAUGAAGUUCCUGGUGGAGCAGAUGAGGAGGCCAGAUUACAUGGAGGCGCUUCAGGGCUUCAUCUGUCCCCUCAACCCUGUGCACCAGCUGGGCAACCUCCGGUUGGACGAGUGCCGGAUCAUGUCUUCGGCCAAGCGCCCCUUGUGGCUCAACUGGGAGAAUCCCGACAUCAUGUCCGAGCUGCUCUUCACGAACCACGAGAUCAUUUUUAAAAAUGGAGAUGACCUCCGGCAAGAUAUGUUGACUCUGCAGAUCAUCCGGAUCAUGGAGAGCAUGUGGCAGAACCAAGGACUGGAUCUCAGGAUGCUGCCCUACGGCUGCCUCUCCAUCGGGGACUGCGUGGGCCUCAUCGAGGUGGUGAAGAGCUCCCACACCAUCAUGCAGAUCCAGUGCAAGGGCGGCCUCAAGGGGGCGCUGCAGUUCAACAGCAACGCUCUGCACCACUGGCUGAAGGACAAGAACAAGGGAGAGGGCUAUGAUGCUGCCAUUGACCUCUUCACGCGUUCCUGCGCCGGUUACUGCGUCGCCACCUUCAUCCUGGGCAUUGGGGACCGCCACAACAGCAACAUCAUGGUCAAGGACGAUGGGCAGCUGUUCCACAUUGACUUUGGCCAUUUCCUGGACCACAAGAAGAAGAAGUUUGGCUACAAGCGGGAGCGAGUCCCCUUCGUCCUCACUCAGGACUUCCUCAUCGUCAUCAGCAAAGGGGUGCAGGAGUGUACCAAGACCAAAGAGUUCGAGAGGUUCCAGGAGAUGUGCUACAAGGCCUAUCUGACCAUCCGCCAGCACGCCAACCUGCUCAUCAACCUCUUCUCCAUGAUGCUGGGCUCGGGGAUGCCGGAGCUGCAGUCCUUUGACGACGUGGCCUACCUGCGCAAGACCCUGGCGCUGGACAAGUCGGAGCAGGAGGCGCUGGAGUACUUCACCAAGCAGAUGAACGAGGCCCACCACGGCGGCUGGACCACCAAGAUGGACUGGAUCUUCCACACCAUCCGCCACAUGCCCCUCAGCGAGGCCGGCCACGACUGACAAGGACCCUCCGCCACCGGGGAGAGAGGAAAGGCCGGCCCUCCAGAGCGGCAGGGAGAGGAUCCGGGAGCGCCGUCGGGGCGACCAAGGCAAGGGGGCGGGGAGCCCCGUGUGAACUCGGGCAACCGGCUUCCUGAUCCCCUCUUGGGACCGGCAGGGAGAGGAUCCAGGAGCGCUGGUGUGCCUUGCAGGACGCGAGGAAGGGAGGAAAGGGAGGGGAGAGGGUCGCCCAGCCCCCCUGCACUGGGGGUAAGGGGUCUUGAGGUUGAGAGAGGUUGGGGGGCAGGAAGCGGGGACCAGUUGCCUUCUGCAGGUAGGAGGGAGGUAGGCAUGGAAACGGUCCCUUUUCCCUCCCGGAAGUGUGUGUGUGUGUUUCCCCCCCACCCUUUCACCCAAUUUGAAAUUCUCUUCCCCACUUUUCACAUGGGGGGCUAAAACAGGAGACGCCCUUCCGCUCUGCCCUCCAGGCAGGUUUAUACUUGAAUUGCCCCCACUGCCCUUCUCUCCCCCUCCUUGGCAGAAAACGGGGAGAGGGAGGUGGAGAGGGGAGCAUGGUCGAGGAGAGGGGGGUUUUACUGUGGGGGAAAUGGGCAGAAAGCGGCAAUACUUGAAAAAAAAAAUAUGUCCAGGGUUGGAAAGGAAACAAACAAA